AAGUGUUAGUUAGUUGUGGCAGUCUCUACAUAGCCCCCCCUCCCCCUCUCCCCAAAUUUCUAUAUAUUGGUGCCUAUCCCCUCUGCAUUUUCUUCACUCAAGCGCUUCACAUUUCCUCUCCAAACCUGUUCUUUUUUAAGAUUCACUCUCUCCAUGAAAAUGGGUCUCGCUGGGUUUUUCUUGGUGGGUUUUCUUGCAAUGGUCUCGUCCGUUCAUGGGUAUGAUGGAGGGUGGGUCAAUGCUCAUGCCACCUUCUAUGGAGGGGGUGAUGCUUCUGGGACAAUGGGUGGAGCUUGUGGGUAUGGGAACCUGUACAGCCAAGGGUAUGGGACAAACACCGCAGCUCUGAGCACAGCUCUGUUCAACAGUGGGUUGAGCUGUGGUUCUUGCUAUGAGAUUAAGUGUGUGAAUGACGGCAAAUGGUGCCUGCCUGGCUCCAUUUUGGUCACGGCCACCAAUUUCUGCCCACCAAACAAUGCUCUUCCUAAUAAUGCUGGGGGCUGGUGUAACCCUCCUCAGCACCACUUUGAUCUUUCUCAGCCUGUCUUCCAGCACAUAGCUCAGUACAAAGCUGGAAUCGUUCCUGUGGCUUACAGAAGGGUACCCUGCAGGAGAAGGGGAGGCAUAAGGUUCACCAUCAAUGGACACUCCUACUUCAACCUAGUCCUCAUCACAAACGUGGGUGGUGCAGGUGAUGUCCAUGGCGUUGCCAUCAAAGGGUCCAGAACUGGGUGGCAGGCAAUGUCAAGGAACUGGGGCCAGAACUGGCAGAGCAACACUCUCCUCAACGGCCAGAGCCUCUCCUUCAAGGUCACCACCAGUGACGGCAGAAGUGUGGUCUCCUACAACGUGGCCCCAGCCAGCUGGUCCUUUGGUCAGACCUACAGCGGUGCUCAAUUCCGCUAGACACUCCCAUGUGCCUGUGCCUGCCACUGCCCUAUACUUUACCCAUAUUUUGCUUGGACUUUAUUAUCUCUCUUUCCCAUUAUAUAUAUUGUAUCUGUAGGGUAUGACUCUUUUAGUAUACUAGGGUUAUUAGAUUUAGUAUACUCUUAAGUAUGGGGGGUCAGUCUCUGACUUCUUGGGGUUCGAAAUGAUCAGGGCUUAUUUUAAAUGGCCCUUUAAUCAUUUUAAAUUUAAAUGGUCUUGUUGUAUUGUUGUAGGGUACCCUAUAUUUGGGAGUCCCCUCACUGUUCUUACUGUCUCUUUUUGUUUCCCCCCCUUCUGUUGAGAUGCAGAAGUAGGCAGAGGUGGACUAUUUACCACCCGCCAGUAGUAUUUGAGUAGUUUUUGUGUUUGUUUUUUUGGGAGGGGAGUAUUUAGGAUUAGUUUAAGGUCAUUGUAAUCAGCUUCUGCUGACUAUUUCCUUAUCCUGGGUUGUUUAUGUUUGAGCUGUAUUGGGAAUGAGCAAGUGUAAACUUUCAGUUUCCAGUAUUAAUGAGAAAGUGUGCUAAUUUUUAUGA